AUGCCGCCCGCAGGCUUGGUCACCCUCCGGGAGCUGGCCGACCUGGCCAUCGGCACUCCGGAGGUGGGUGCCGUCAACUUCAAUGCUCUCCACACGCUCCUCGUGGCCCUGCUCAAGAACCUCAACAUGCAGGACACCCGGGUGGACUACCAGCCCCUGUCUGAGCGGAGGCUCUCAGCGAUCGCGCGGGUCUCGCUCAGCACCCCGCGGGGCUCGAUCAGCACCCCGCAGGUCGCUGUGUCCAAGGAGAGGCGGAGGAGCAGCGUGACCAGGGUUCCGUCCGUGGUGCUGGAGAGCCAGGUGAAGGGCCUGGGCGGGCAGGUCCAGAACCUGGACGGGCAGGUCCAGGACCUCGACCGGCAGUUAAGGACCAUGGACAGCCAGAUGCAGGGCGUGCUGUCCCACAUCCAGUACUUCACCUCUCUGGUCGGUGGGAUGGACUCGGAGACCUCGGAGUGGCUAGAAGAGCAGGCGAAAGCCUUUGGCUUGGCCGAGGGGUUGGGUGCUGAGAGGACCCAGCUCAUCAUCGAGCCGGGCGCGUCCACCACCGAGAGGGGCGCGCCCAUGACCGAGAGGGGCGAGCUCAUAGCCGAGAGGGGCGAGCUCAUAGCCGAGAGGGGCGCGUCCAUUGCCGAGAGAGGCGCGCUCAUGACCGAGAAGGGCGCGUCCAUCGCCGAGAGGGGCGCGCCCAUGAGGGGCGCGCCCAUGACCGAGAGAGGCGCGUCCAUGACCGAGAAGGGCGCGCCCACCAUGGAGAAGGGCGCGCUCCCGAAGACCAAGCUUGUGCCGGGGAUGGGCAAGGCGGUGCCAGGGAUGGGCAAGGCGAAGCCCGAGACAACAAAGCCUCUGCCGGGGUUGGUCUCGCCUGCACCGAGGGUGGCCCCGCCCACUCCGGGGAUGCCCACGACCGUGCCUGGGAUGGCCAAGCAGAUGCCCGAGAAGACGCGAGCGUUAAUGAAAAUGUGGAAGGAAGGUCCCCAGGUCAUGGAGAUGCUCCAGCAGGUCAUGGAAGACGUGAAAAUCUUGAAGGAAGAACAUGCAAGGGCGCAGGAGGUGCCGGAGUUCAACCCGCUGGAAUUCCUGCACCGGGUUGAGGAAGUAGAAAAGAGAGUCAAAGACUGGGAGGAAAUUCUGGAACCCCUCUGUCGGAAGAUGACUACGAAGCCUCCUGGAGAAUUCACCAUGGUCACCUGGGAGGAGCUGGAGCAGGCGAUUACUGAUGGCUGGAAGGCCUCACAGGGCCUAGAGUCCAUGCCAGCAAUUCUUAAGCAGAAAGGGAAACCUCCUGCAUCACCGCAUGACGUGAGUCCAAGUGCAACCUCCACCGUGUAUCCAGGUGCCGACCAGGCCCUGGAUGCCGCUGGUGGUUUUGGCCCAGAUCAGACCUUGCCGGGACCCGGCGGAUCAAGACACCCCUCCGAAGGGGAACAAAAACUGCCCUCUGCUCCUGGGUUUCCUGAGAGAGAACCACACCACCCAAGGGGCCAUGAUGAAGCCGGGCUGGCAAAACCCCAUCACCUCCCUGCGCCCCAAUUCAGAACUGAAGCUGAUCAGCACAGGCCUGGAGAGCGGCCCAGCACAGCAGGUCUGAGAAGAGAUGAACGGGACGCACACCCUGGCCCAGUUCGACAGGACUUGCCCACAGACCGGCAUCAUCUCACCCACCCGGAUGCUCCCGGGGGGAUGACCCCCAGCCCGGGUCAAGUCAUGGACGCCAGGCCAGACCAACUGGCGCCAGGGCCACCUGGCCUGGAUCAGCUUGAGUUUCAACCUCCUAGCGCUUACCCAGAUGGCCUCCCCUUCCGGCGGGGUCUGAUGCCACCUGGGAUGGAGGAACAGGGACUGGUACUACCUGGCAUGGGUCAGCAGGAUGUGAUGCCACUGUGGGUACCUGCCAGAGAUCAGCAAGGAUUGGGACUCCCUAGUCCCGCACAGCCUGGUAUGGUUCCACCUGGCGCACAACAGUACGGUGUGAGAUUUCCUGGCCCGGACCAACGUGCCAUGGAGCGGCCUGCCAUGGACGGGAGUGGUGUGGGACCCAUUGGCACAGAUGAGCAUGGAUUUCCAAUAUUUGGCAUGGAUCAACAAGGAUUGGUUCCACCUUUUAGAGAUCAGCAAGGUUUUGUACAGCCCGGUUUGGAAACGCCUGGCUUCAUACAACCUGGCACACCGCAGUACAAUGUGCUCCAACCUGGUGCAGCUCAGCCUGGCUUGGUCUCACCUGGAAUGGACCAGCCUGGUUUAGUCCCACCUGGUGCAGGUCAGCCUGGUUUAGUCCCACCUGGUGCAGGUCAGCCUGGUUUGGUCCCACCUGGAGUUGAUCAACGUGGUUUGGUACAGGCUGGUAAAUAUCCACCUGGUUUUGUACAGCCGGGUGCAUAUCCACAUAGUUUGGCUCAACCUGGCGUCUAUCCACAUGGUUUGGUCCAGCCUGGUACAUAUCCACAUGGUUUCAUGCAGCCUGGUGUGGCAGGUCAUCCUGGUUUGGUCCCACCUGGUGCAGGUCAACCUGGUUUAGUCCAACCUGGUGCAGGUCAGCCUGGUUUGGUCCAACCUGGAAUGGAUCAGCGUGGUUCAGUCCAACCUGGUGCAGGUCAGCCUGGUUUGGUCCAACCUGGAGUUGAUCAGCGUGAUUUGGUACAGCCGGGUGCAUAUCCACCUGGUUUUGUACAGCCGGGUGCAUAUCCACCUGGUUUCAUGCAGCCUGAUAUCGAUCAGCAGGGUUUAGUGGAACCUGGACUAGAUCAGCAUGGUUUGAGGCAGCCUGGUGCUGAUCACCAAGGCUUGGUACCAUCAGGCGCAGAGCCUCAUGGCUCUCCACGCCGAUAUCAGCAUGGCCUGGCACCUCCUGGCAGAGAUCAACAUGGUCAGGGGUCACCACGCCUAUCCAGGCAAGGUUGGAUGUCGCCUCGUAUGGACCAAGAGGGUUUGGUACCAACAGACACUUAUCAGCGAGGCAUAGACCAGGGUGGUGCACGCCCAGAGCAGCCUGACCUAGAUCAGCGUGACCGUGCAUCCUCUGUCCUAGACCCACAUGGCCUCAUGUAUCCUGGCCCUUACAGCCCAAGGUACUCGGGUGUCGAUCCACAUGUCCAAGCACAUUUGGAUCCACAACAACGUAGCGGGUAUACUCAGCCUCCCCCAACUCCAAAUGUCCCCUGGGCUCAGAGUGUGGACUCCCUUAGCGAAUCCAGGCAAGUCUCACAAGAACCGAGCACUAUUGAGCCUAAGAAACACGAUUCCCUGGAGAAAGUGGCUCCUAGCUUCCCCAUUGCGGUGGAGACGUUCCGCCUGAUGGGAGAGCUCAUCGGCCUCUACACGGAGCUCAAGGAGAACCUGAAGACCCUGGAUGUGCAGAAAGCUGGCGAGACCGACCUGGAGAAGAUCCAGUACCUGCUCGCGAUGAUGGUCCAAAAGACCAUCCCACCAGACCUGCAGGAGCAGCUGAAGUCCAUCAAGACCCUGACCAAAGAGGUUCGGCAGGAAAAAGCAAAAGUGAGUGAGGGAGGGCCUGUUGCCGGCGCCCCCCUGCCGUUUGCCCGUGGAUGGCCCGCAGUCCUGUCAUCGCUACCAGCCUAUCAGGCGGGGAAUGCGGCUCAGACGUUGCCGCGGUCACUCCCUGGGGGAAAACCUGGAGCCCGUUCUCUCACGCGGCCAUUGCCAGUGAAGGCCAGGCCAGCCCGCGGGCGCAGCGCUGGGACCCAGUGUGUGGGACUGUCGGGGGCCAGUGGUCAUGGCGAGGGCUACCGGGCCUUCAACAUAUGCAAUAUCUGUGCAAAAUUAUCCCAUACCUGGGAUGGGCUGGAGGGCGGAGGGCUGCCAGAAGUGGGGAAGGAGGUGGCAGCUGGUCCACUGAGCUUCCAGCUGGGUCUCCUCAGAGUCAGCGUGAACGACAUCGAGAAGGAGCUGUCCGACCUGAGGGAGAGCCAGGAGCAGGGCAAGGUCAACAUGGAGCACUCGGUCUCUGAGGCCUCCCUUUACCUGCAGAACCAGUUGGACAAGCUCAGGACGAUCAUCGAGAACAUGCUGGCCUCGUCGUCCACGCUGCUGACCAUGAGCAUGACCCCGCGGAAGGCCCCAAUCACCUUGAUCCCUGGCCAGAUUGACCCCAAGGCCACCUGCCCGGCCUGCAGCCUGGACCUGAGCCACCAGGUCAGCACGCUGGUGCAGCGCUACGAGCAGCUCCAGCAUGUGGUCACCAGCCUAGCGGCCUCGCGGCCGUCCAAGAAAGCCAAGCUCCAGCGACAGGACGAGGAGCUGCUGGGCCACGUGCAGAGCGCCAUCCUGCAGGUGCAGGGCGACUGCGAGAAGCUCAACCUCAUCACCGGCAACCUCAUCGAGGACCAUCGGCAGAAGCAGAAGGACAUCGACGUGUUGUACCAGGGUCUGGAGAAGCUGGAGAAGGAAAAGGUCAACAGGGGGCACCUGGAGAUGGAGAUUGACGUGAAGGCCGACAAGAGUGCCCUGGAGGCCAAAGUGAGCCGCAUGCAGUUUGAUGCCACCACGGAGCAGCUGAACCACAUGAUGCAGGAGCUGGUGGCCAAGAUGAGCGGGCAGGAGCGGGACUGGCAGAAGAUGCUGGACCGGCUCCUGACCGAGAUGGACAGCAAGGUGAGGGCAGCGAGGCUCCAGGGCCCCUGGACUAGGGCAAGGCCACCGCUCCGCUCCCCACCCUCACGGGUCCCAUCCCACAGGCAGCUCCUGGCACAUUUCCACUGCCUGUCCUGCGACCGUCCCCUGGAGACAGCCGUGACUGGACAGGUCCUCCCCACCACGCCCGUGGGGCCCAGCCUGCCCGGGCACCGCUCCACCCGCCCCUACACCGUCUUUGAGCUGGAGCAGGUCCGGCAGCAGAGCCGCAACCUCAAGCUGGGCAACCUCGCCUUCCCGCGGGCUGACCUGGCGUCGAUGGAGCGGAGCGUGGGGCGUCUGCGCACCAUGCACUCCAAGAUGCUGAUGGACAUCGAGAAGGUGCAGUUCCACUACGGGGGCUCGGUCAAGGCCAGCAGCCAGAUGAUCCACGAGCUGCUGCAGGCCCAGUGCCUGGGCGGCCCCUGCUGCAAGCGGGUGUCGGAGAUGACGGACUACAGCUUCGCCACGUGCCCCCGCUCACCUCCCCAGCACCACGAAGUGGACAUCCUGGGCCUGGAUGGACAUAUUUACAAGGGACGGAUGGACAUGAAGCUGCCAGGCAUCCCGAACAAAGACAGUGAGUGUCCAGGUGGCCCAGCUGCCUGUAGGCUCCGCCUCAGCCCCCAGGAUGGCGCCGCUCCUGGAAGGCCAGGCACUUGAGGCCUGGCCCCUGGCAGCCUCCUCUACCUCCGUCUCCAAACACUCCGUCCCCCAAAGCCCCGGCCACUGUGUGCAGGAGCAGACGGCCGCCCAGCCUCAGCUCUGAGCCGGCACG